CCAACCAUUCCCCCAGCUCUGCCAGAAUCUCCCUAACCCAUGUCCCUAAAAGCCAAGGGCACUGCCAGAGGAUCUGAACCCAACCUAAGCCACCAGGAACCUCUGUGACCCCAGGCUGUUCCCAGCCCUGAGAGCAUGUCCUGGAAGAAGGAGGGCACAAGCCCACCCUCGUGUUUCAUCCAGCGCCUGGACCACCUUGUGCUGACUGUGAGGAGCAUCGAGGACACUGUGGCCUUUUAUUCCAAAGUCCUGGGCAUGGAGGUGGUGACUUUCAAGGGAAAUCGCAAAGCUUUACGUUUUGGCCAGCAGAAGUUCAACCUUCACGAGGCUGGGCAGGAGUUUGAGCCCAAGGCUCGGCGCCCGGUGCCCGGCUCUGCGGAUUUCUGCCUGAUCACAGCAGAGCCCCUGGAGAAGCUGCUGGAACAUCUGGAGGCCUGUGGGGUGCCCAUUGAAGAAGGUCCCGUGGCCAGAACUGGUGCUGUGGGUCCAAUAACCUCUGUCUACUUCCGAGACCCCGACGAGAACCUGGUUGAGGUUUCCAGGUACUGCACGGAUGUGGCUGCAGAAACUGAAGGGGAACCCUGA